AUGGCGGGCCCGCCGCUGCCCAAGGAGGUGCUCCAGCGCGUGCUGGGCCUCAAGGCCCUCGAGGAGCAGCGCGAGGCGCAGAUGAAGGCGUACCUCGUCGAGCGCGCGGCGCUCGAGCAAAAGUACAAGGCGCUGAUCGACCCCAUCUACGGCGAGCGGUCGAAGAUCGUGCGCGGCGAGCUCGAGCCGGCGCUGAGCGAGGAGGACCGCGCGACCGUGGAGCAGGCGGGGACGACGACGGACGAGGCCGACGGCCCGAUCGUGGGAGUGCCCGACUUCUGGCUCUCCGCGCUGGGCCGCAACGAGGCCUUCGAGCACUUCCUCGAGGAGCCCGACGUCGCCGCGCUCAAGUACUUGGUGGACGUGCGCUGCGCCGACUUCGAGGAUCUGACCGGCUUCACGGUCGAGUUCGAGUUCGCCGAGAACCCGUUCUUCUCCGACUCCGUGCUCACCAAGUCCUACGCGAUCCCGAACCUCGUCGACGCCAACGGCCAGCCGGAGCUCGAGAAGAUCACGGGCUGCGAGAUCGCGUGGAAGGACGCCAAGGACAACCUGUGCGUCCACGAGGUGAAGAAGAAGCAGAAGUCGAAGCGCGGCAAGAACGCGGGCCAGACGCGCGUCGUCGCCAAGCUCGAGGACAAGCCCUCCUUCUUCCACUUCUUCAAAUCCAUCAAGCUCCCCAGCGCCGACGACGACGACGAGGACGAGGGCGACGGCGAGGAGUUCGACGACGCGGCCCGCGACAAGAUCGACAACGACGUCGAGCUCGCCUUCGCGCUCCGGAACCAGAUCGUGCCCCACGCCGUCCUCUGGUUCACGGGCGAGGCCUGCGACGACGACGACGACGAGGACUACGACUACGACGACGAGGAGGGGUCCGACGACGAGGAGGACUAG